AUGGGCAAUUCUCAGGGCAAGCCUGUCGUCUACACAGAUGAAGUCAACUUGAACCACUUUCGACUUCUCAGGGUGGUAGGCAAGGGUGCUUUCGGAAAAGUCCGCAUCGUUGAACGAAAGGAUUCUGGUCUCACAUUUGCUCUCAAAUAUAUACGCAAAGAUGAAGUCGUUCGCUCAGAAAGUGUACGUAACAUCAUCCGUGAACGACGUAUGCUGGAGCAUCUCAACCACCCAUUCCUAUGCAAUCUACGAUAUAGCUUCCAGGACAUCGAAUACCUCUACCUCGUAGUGGACUUGAUGAAUGGAGGCGAUCUUCGGUUUCACAUCCAACGGAAGGCCUUCACUGAGGAAACAGUGCGCUUCUGGAUGGCAGAGAUCGCCUGCGCGCUCAGAUAUAUUCACGGCCAAGGUAUCGUGCAUCGAGAUUUGAAACCCGACAAUGUCCUGCUUGACUCGGAAGGCCAUGUUCAUUUGGCCGACUUCAACGUCGCCUCGGAUUUCAAGCCGGGCAAACCACUAACCAGCAAAUCCGGAACUCUGGCAUACCUGGCGCCAGAGGUAUUCAGGGGCUCAGGCUACCUGAGCGAGCCAGACUGGUGGUCGUUGGGUGUCACUAUGUACGAGUGCAUCUAUGGCAAGAGACCUUAUGAGGCAAGAGCCAUGAAGAGCUGGCCGAGAAUGUGUGUGCAGCAAACCCGAAGGUUCGCCACUUUCGUCAACCACCCUUUCUUCCAACCAAUCGACUUUAUGGCACUUGAACGAAAACAGAUAGCGCCAAUAUUCGUCCCAUCGAGUGAGAAGACCAACUUUGAUGCAACGUACGAUCUGGAAGAAUUAUUGUUAGAAGAGGCACCACUGGAGGCCAGAGCGAGGAAGCAGAAACCGAGAGCCGAACUGAGGCACGACGCCACAAGUCGCGAAAUUAGAGAGGACGAACUCCAUCGCAUGAUCGAGACCAUGUUCGAACCCUUCGACUACACCAGUGCGAGCUAUGAAAUACAAGCAGCGGAAGCUGUAGCAGGCAAGGUUCCACCACCCGAUGAGAAUCUGGAGACGACCUUAUCAAAUCGAUCACAAGCACGAUCGCAAGCAUCAUCAGCGGAUGGUUCUCCACCGAUUUCACCGACCGCUAUAACGCAAGAACCGCAGGGCUCGGACAACUUCCCUGCACUGGAGGAGUUGCGGACAGCACUUCCACAGACGUCAGCUCAGGUUCCAAGACCGAUGUCAGCAUCGAAGUCGUUCAGUCGUCCACUCCCGCCUCAACGACCGCAGGCUGCAUCGCGACAGAUGAGCAAAGGUGGAGGUGUACAAAUGGUGCUAGACGAAGGAGGAAGCUGGUCGCAGCUAUCGGAUCAGACCUCGAGCCUGCCAGCGGAUGCCGGAGCAGAUCGAGGCGGCGACAAGGGUGGAAGCGUACUUGGCUUUCUCAGUCGAAAGAAGGGCCGAGAUAGGAGUCCGAAACCCAAGGAGCCCGGCGUGCUGGGCAAAUAUGGUGCACGACACAUCAUCAACUAA